AUGGGCGAGAAGGUACCGUCCAGUGCGCCCCUACCCGCGACUCCCCAUUUUCCUCUACCCAUCACAUCGUAUAAAUUAAAGAUAGAAAGAGACUGUGAAACAACACCAAAAGAGGAAACCAAUCCACUUGACACAGACGAUUCGAUAGUAUUAGAACCGGCGGAAGUAUUCGACAAAUUGGAACCUGAAAGAGAUUUCAUAUUGAUGUUUGAGUCCCUACCAGUCUUGUGGGAUCCAAAUCAUCCGUAUUAUACGAAUAAAUAUAAGAGACACACGGCUCUGUUACGUCUGGUUCCAAUCUUGAAAAGAACCAAACCUGACGCAACAACAAUUGAUGUCAAGAAGAAAAUAAAUAGCAUUAGAUCUAAUUAUCGAAGAGAGUUAAGAAAAGUUCUCGCAACUCAAGAUCCAGGAGAUGACGAUGAGGUGUACGAGCCAAAGAUAUGGUACUUCCCAUAUCUCGACUUUUUAAGAAAGUUGGAACAAAGACAAAAUUCAUCUUAUCAGAAUAAAUCAGUACUACCUAAGUCAAACAGCCAAAAAAUAAACGAGAUUUCUCAGGUUGGGACAUCUUUUCAAUCUGUUAACAAGCCAAUGUCCAUCGAGCAGUCUUCAGUGAGAAAGAGAAAGUUCCAAGGACAGCUCAUAGAACCACAACGACAAACAUCAAAACUGACCACCGAAUCUUGCCAACCCAAUACAAUAUCCAACCAUAUUGUAUUAGAAUGGGUUGAUACAUUAGAAAAAUUAGACCCCAUGCAGCGUUUGUUCGCGAAGAAGGCUAUAAACGAUGUGCUAUUUGAAGCAGAAUUGGGAAAUUUACAGAAACAUUCCGUUAAAAUUAACGAACCACUUUCAAGUUAUCAGCUUUCUUCGUCUCCCGCACAUUCCUCCCUGAAAUCUCCAUCUUCACCUUCAUACCAGUAAUAUUGGACAGUUUGUUCUGGAAUUUUGAUCUUGGUUGAAUGUUAAGGAGCAUGUCGUGAUGAAAAGUUGGUGUGCCAUUUGUAUUCCAUGGUCGCUAAUUGGUGGUAUGAUGCUCUGAAGAAUCAUGAUAUACAAUUGAAAUACCGUGAAAUCUUUGGUAUACUGAGGUAUCGUGCUGAUACCACGAAAAUAAAAAUGCGCAAUUCAUUGACUAGUUUUUUUCUACGUGAACAUGAUAAAUUAUUAAAAAGCUGUUAAAGUUU